GUUACUGAAUUUGAUCCGAACUGAAGGACGGAGGAUGAUUGCAGCUCAUCCCUCGGAGACCAGUGUGGGGAACAUCGUUCGGCGAGUGAUGAAGAUCAUUAGAGAGGAAUACAGUCGGCUUCGAGGCUGCAGUGAGGAGACGGACCAGGAAUCACUGCACAAGCUGCUGACUUCAGGCAGUCAGAGUGAGGAUUUCAGUGUGAGCUUCACACCCCUCAAAACCAAUGUCAUCGAAGUCAUUAAUGAACUUCUUGUGGAGCUUGAGGGUACAAUGGAUAACAUCGCAAUGCAGGCCCUGGAACACAUCCACUCCAAUGAGGUCAUCAUGACAUUGGGACGCUCCCCAACUGUCGAAGCGUUUCUUAAAGACGCAGCUCAAAAACGCAGCUUCCAUGUCAUUGUCGCAGAAUGUGCACCUUACUGUCAGGGUCACGAGAUGUCACUCGCUCUGUCUGCAGCUGGGAUUGAAACAACUGUCAUCACUGACGCAGCUAUCUUUGCUGUGAUGUCCCGCGUUAACAAGGUGAUCAUUGGCACAAAGACCAUUCUCGCUAACGGUGGACUGCGAGCUGUGAAUGGGGCUCAUACACUCGCCCUUGCAGCCAGGCACCACUCCACACCUGUUAUUGUCUGUGCUGCCAUGUUUAAGCUGUGCCCACAGUUUCCUAAUGAGGAGAACACAUUUCACAAGUUUGUUUCACCACAGGAGGUUCUUCCUUUCACAGAAGGUGAGAUUCUGUGCAAAGUGAGUGUUCACUGCCCUGUGUUCGAUUAUGUUCCACCGGAACUUAUCACUCUGUUCAUUUCCAACAUUGGAGGAAAUGCUCCUUCCUACAUCUACCGACUGACGAGUGAACUCUACAAUCCUGAUGACCAUCACCUCUGACUUAAUAAAACCCCAAGAGAA